GACGAAGACUGGCCGAGAAGAUAUCUUGCCUCAGAAAGUAUCCCGGCAGCAGAGACUCCUUUUCCUGUUUCAUGUGACAUCAGUGGUCACAUUGAGAAUGAAGAUAACGAAAUGCCCCAGCGGCGUGUGCAUCCACGAUCCUCAUUCAGCAGAGGAACCACCACAGAAGAGGGCAAGAAAGUUAUGGCAAGCGUAUGCACUACCCUCACAUCAGAAAAAGAGCCAAAAGAAGACCCACAAGUCAUCCGAUAUAGCAGGACGUCACAGAAGAAGUCCCAGAAGAGGAUCCAGAAAUAACUCUCCGGCCUCGUGCCAUGUGACGCAGCAAGGAAAUCAGGAACUGCCAGCUGUAACUGCCAUAACAGCUUUCAUCUGUUGGCACUGUGCUUCCAUUUCAGCCUCCUUUUCAGCUAUCAGUUGGCGCUGCACCCAGGGAGCUACGGCAAAAGUUUUUGGUGGUCUAGUUUGGACUUUGGUAGCUUCUACUACAUUGUAUUCUGGUUCACUACUUCAAGGAUGGGUCAUGUUUGUUUCUGUCACUUUAUUUGUAUGUACGACCAUUCUUCUGUUCUUGUACCUUGUGGGAGCUCACGGAGGAAGAUCUACAUGGACAACCCUGGAUGCCUUUUAUCAUUAUGCUGCAUCUUUGAUGUACCUCAGUGCAUCGGUGCUCCAGGCCGCUGCAACAAUAAAUGCUAAAUAUUUAGGUGUCUUCAAGUAUUAUCAAGAGAACAUUGCAGCAGUGGUGUUUUGCUUUCUUGUCACACUGGUUUAUGUGAUCCACGCUGUGGCCUCACUAAUAAGAUGGAAGAGAUCGCCUUAAAUCAACAAAACCCACGGAAAAAAGAAGCAACGACAUGCAGUACUUGGAUAUGUUCUUUUAAAAGCACAGACUAAGCCUCAAUAAGAGUCUCCAACAUUUGCUGACAGCAUGUACUAUGUCCUGUACAUAUGUAGCAUAAACAUUAUUUUGGAAUUUACUGUCAUCUUAAAUCAAUGCAAUAAAACAGACACGUAAAAGAAAAAUGUUAUAUAGCGUGCCACCAAUACAGUUUACUUUAAUAUAUAAAGCAGGAUAUUGUAUUAAUGGUCAUAUGUCCUAUAGUUAUGUCUUAAUAUUGUAAAUGACGUUGAAGAAGUGAUGGCUCUUUAUUCUAGAAAUAAAACACACACCCGUAAAACAUAAUCCCUUUAAAGGGGUUAUCCCAUGAAUAAUGUGAUAAAUAAAAAUUUGACAUCAAGAAGUACAUUACAAUCGCUUUUUAACAAAGCCAAAACCAGCCCUGUAUCUCGACUUUCAGCGCUCCAAUUGCUCUGUUAGAUUUUCUUCUGGCUGGCAGCUCAGGGGUUGUGUCCUUUCUGCUGCAGCUCUCUCCCCAUCACAGCUCAG